AUGCCGGGGUCACAUCCUGCCCGCUUCCCAGAGCUGCAGGCCGCGUUCCGGGAGUUUGACCGGGAUGGCGACGGGUCUAUCGGCUGUCGGGAGCUGGGCGCCUGCAUGCGGAGCUUGGGCUACAUGCCCACCGAGAUGGAGCUCAUCGAGGUCUCCCAGCACGCCAGCGGCGGGAAGGUGGACUUCGAGGACUUCGUGGAGCUCAUGGGCCCGCGGAUGCUGGCGGAGACGGCGGGCAUGAUCGGGCGCCGGGAGCUGCGGGUGGCCUUCCGAGAGCUGGACCGCGACGGCGACGGCCGGCUGAGCGCGGCGGAGCUGCGGGCGGCGCUGCGGGCGGCGCUGCGGGAGCGGCUGAGCCUCGGCGACGCCGAAGAAAUCCUGCGCGACCUGGACCGCGACGGCGACGGGCUCGUGGACUUCGAAGAGUUCGUGCAGAUGAUGUCACACUGAAGCCGGGCGCGGGGCCCAUCCGGACUCCUCCGGCAGCUUCGGGACCGUCCAACCCAACCGUCCUCUCAACUCUCCCGCCGCCGAGACCCCAGGGCCGCUCCGGCCCGUCCCAUCCUCCGGUCCCGCCCCCUCCCCCCAACCCCAUUUUCCCUCCAAUUCCCAUCCGCCAUCCUCGCCCCCCCAGACCCCAGACCCCAACCCCCAUCCUGCCCCCGACCCCCGAAUCUCAGACUCCGCCCUGCCCGCUGGGUGGCCUCUGCCCAAGGGUUCGCCCGCCACCUUCUAUCUCUGGACUAAUAAACUCCUAGCCCAGGUA